CGCGCGUUCGUUCCGUUUGAAAAAUUCUUUCGUAAAUCGGAAAAUUGUGUACGUGAUAAUACACAGUGAUAUUACUGUGCCUGUGUGUUCUGUGCUCUGGGGAUCUGUGAAGUGUAUGGGAUUUUAGUUAUAUAGGUUGUUCAUAUGAUUCGAACUCACUGGUUUCCGGAGUGGCGAUUGAUCACUCCCGGAUGAACAAUUAGAAAUGAACCCAUAACUGCGCCUGAGCGGCGUAACGAGAUUUUGUUAAAUGAAUGCUUCGUUUAAUUUAUGAGGCGUCAUGGAGGCAUCAUCGUCAGAUUACAGCGACGAGGAGGUCGGCGUGUUAGCUCGAGGUCAGAAGUUAUGGGUCAGAGGUGUUCGCUCACAUACUACUUGCGCUGACAUUGUUCGUGCUUUACAAGGUGCACCAGAAGCAGGAGGUCUAAGCGACCAUGGUGAAUGGGUAUUAGCGGAGCGAUGGCGAGGGGUUGAACGACCUCUACCACCAGACGUACCAGUGUUACACGUAUUAGCUGCUUGGGGUGACGCUAGGCAUGAGGUUCGUUUAUCCCUUCGUCGAUUGUCAAGUGGGGGGGAAGAUGAUUCAGGACGAGACAGCGAUGGUUGCAGUCGAGCCAGAUCUAGAAGGAGGAAGAAAGGAGUGCGUGCUGCUACUCCACCGCCAAGGUCGAAAAGUGAAGAUCCUGCCACAAAACUGGUGUCUGUCAUACAACACCAGACUAGAACCAUUCACCAACAACUUGACAAAUUAAGGGAACAAGAGAAAUUAAUCGAUCAUCUAGAAGAUCAGACGCACAAAAAUCGAAUGGAAAAACACGGAACCAAUUAUCUCCUCGAAUCCUACCUUCGGGAUUUAGGACGAUCCAGUGAACUUAAUGAUAGUCAAGCAGGAAAUAGCGAUAGUGGUGUCGGAGUAGGUAGUGGAACACCACCCAGGAGACACACGAAACACAAGUCCAGACGAGAAAGGCACCUUAUGAGAGAACAUUACUUUACAAAGGAACUUACAGACAUCUGUCAAGUUAACUCUGAAAGGCUGAUGCAAACAUCAAACGAUACAGAUUCCGAUGCGUCAGCUGACGAAUUAUCUAGAAUAAGAGAAGAGAUUGAGCUGUUAGAAAAACUAGCGAUAAUAAACAAGAGAUUGCACCGUGAAGAGGAAUUAGUCGUGAGAUUAACCGCUAAAGUGAAACGAUAUAUGGAUGAGAACAAAGCAAAUAGCUGCGAAAACGUAUCCCAAGUUACGAUGCUCAUGAAUAAAAUAGAGGAAGAUUUAGCCAAAACAACGAUAGAGAUGCAAGAAAACACGAUGGAAAUAGAAAAAGCGGAUAAGGAAAUUGAAUUUAGAAUGAAACUACUCGACGAAUUAACAAUAGAAUUGGAGAAAGAGGAAUUACAAAAUACGAUAUUAGAAAGGCAGUUGCACGAGGCUUCGAGUCGACAGCCGAUUAUUCUACAAGAGAGCUACAUACCAGUUUUAGAUCAAAGCAAUUCAACCCAACCAAAUUUCAGUUUCAAUGGUAAUAAUUACGUUUUGGACACUCUUGUAUGACAUAGGAUUAAUAUUUCUGUUAAAAAUUCCCAAAGAUAUCCUCUGAAAUUACCAUAAAUAGCUUCCAGUAUAUAUAAAAUCGAGUGAUGACUUCCCAAAAUAAAAUUGACCCAAAAUUUAACUAUAGAAUUUAAGUUACUUUAAGAUAAAAUGGUGCUAAGAUGUUAUAUAGAUUUGUUUAUAUGUACUAUGUAUAGAUAGAUUUAGAUAUUUAUAUAUCGAUUCCGAUGCCAAAAAAGUUAAACAAAACCACCAAUCACAACAUGUAUAAAUUAGUAAACACUAGUCAAUUCGAUGAUUUAUAUAAAAAUGAUUACUUCAUUAAAAAUCAACCUUUAGAGCUAAUCUGUGAGAACAAACGCGAAACUCACCGCGGAACACAGACAAAAAGUUAUAUGCAACAUUGACAUUUUUUUUAUAGAGUAGGAAGGCGGACGAGCAUAUAGGCCAUCUGAUGGUAAGUGGUCACCAACGCCCAUAGACAAUGGCAUUGUAAGAAAUGUUAACCAUCGCUAACAUCACCAAUGCGCCACCAACCUUGGGAACUAAGAUGUUAUGUCCCUUGUGCCUGUAAUUACACUGGCUCACUCACCCUUCAAACCGGAACACAAGAAUACCAUACUGCUAUUUUGCGGUAGAAUAUCUGAUGAAUGGAACCUACCCAGACGAGCUCGCACAAAUCUCUACCACCAG